CCGGUUUGGGUAGUCUCGGUGUACAUGCUCAGCCUGCUUCCGCUCCUGAUCUCUACAUUCGUUGGAUCGAUUGCUGAGGUUUAUUUGGCACAUGCGGAAUACAGGAAGCAGUACAGGGCGAGAAAGAUGAUCCGUUCAGAGGCGCAGGUCCCCGGACAAGCAUUGCUUAGUCGGAGCGGAGCCACGACAAGGCUGCCAGACUCCACAUCACCUGCAGCCGCCGGAACGCAAAGGAAUCCUUCACAGGGGGGUCAACCAUGGCUAAGCAAGAAAGAACUCUUGCGGCUCUACCAGCAGCGCGGCCUGCUCCCGACGCUCCCUGCUGUUCCAACCACGUCAGCCCCAACUUCAGCGCCAGGAGCACACCCGAGUUCCUUUGCAGCAGCCCACGGGUCUUCAAACUCGUGCUCUUCGAGACAGGCGGCAAGUGGCAGCGGCGAGUCGGAAGAGCGUCGAGAUGUUCGGAAUGAUCAGGAGAGUGAAUCCUCGCCGCCGUCAUGAUCAAGAGGCCCAGUGGUUCCGAUCAUGUCGGAUCACUGAGCCUGGCAGUCGAAGUGGGGCCGGGGGAGAGGCCCCGCUCGGCGAAUUUGGGGCGCGGCCACUGACUCAGAUAUUCAU